AUCUUCCCGGUGGAAUCUGGUCCGUGGAAUGAGAGGACAGCGACACGAUCGUGAAAGCUGAGAGAAGUUUGCUGGAAUCUUGGGAAGGCAAAUAAAGGAAUAAGCGGAAGUAAAGGCCGUGAAACAUCGAACGAGGAUCCGAUAUGCGGCUCAGGGAGGCUGUCGUCUCGAUACCGCUCCAUCCUGGGGGAUUGAACAACAAUCAGUUACGUAGGAGCGAGCAGAGCCAGCCGAUCACCGAGGAGAUCGCGAAUCGGAACGAGGCCCCGGCCGGAACCGACUCGGUCGCAGCCAGUCGGAUCAACGCCGAUUUCGCGGCGGAGGUCGGCCAGGAUUUCCGCGUCGCAGAGGACACCAGCACGUGGUCCUCGAUCGCCAUCACCCGCGAGAAUGUCCAGAUCGAUACCUCGGCCAACGACGUCGCCAACUUGAACAACAAUCUGACGAUCCCGCGGAUACGAAGGAACAGCUCUGUGGAAAGUUUGCCCGAUUACGAAGGGCGUAACUCCUCUCACGAAGAUUCGUCCCACGAGUUGACACCGUCCGAGUGGUCCGACUGGUCCGAGGAGGGAAAUCUGCCCGCCGGUUGCCGCGGUAUCGUCAACCCCAAUUAUCCCGGCUUUCAACACUUGGCGCCUUCUCUUCUGUCGGACACAGAUCUGACCGAGGACGAGAGCUGCGACUACACAAGGCUGAACGACAUCGACGCGAGGCCGGCAGAGAACGACAACGAGUACAACAACAACGUCGAGGAUAGCAUCAAUCACUUGUGCGGGCAGAGGAACGAGAGGAAGAUAUUUUACGAGAAACCUAAAUUCAAUAUACAGACCGUAACGUCUUUAUACGAGUCGGUGGUGCCGCCAUCGGAGAAAUGCAUAAACUACGUGAAAAGCGUUGAGGAUUCGAGAACGGAGGAAAAGAUCGUGACGCCGAAAUCGGACAUCGUGAACGACGUGGUCGAGGCGGAGACGCAUCUCACUGUUCUAGAGCCGGAGGAGGGCCUCGCCGACACGGUCGCGGAGAACGCUGCGGAAUUGUCGGAGGCUGUGCUGGAGGAGAAACAGGAACGAGAGAUCCCGGUCGAGGUCGAGAUCGUGGAAUUGACGACCAGCGUGAAAGAGACCCUCCAGUUCCCGGAAAUCGAGGAGAUACCGGACUCUGGGAAGACCAGCGAGGUCGGUGAGACGGAGGAUAUCGUGGUGGAGCACAUCGACCUGAUACGGGAGGCAAAGGAGUUGCCUCACCAGACCCGUUCCAAAAUAGGCAACCGUCAGACGGUCACGUCGACCGGCUCGGCCGACGACGACUCGGAGAGCAACACCGACACCGACAGCUACCCGGAGGAGCAGCCCACCUACACCAAGCUCGAGGAGAUCGAUCUCCUGUCGAGCAUCGGCCGUGAUAUCGGGGUCGAUCUCGAGAAGUACGUGCAACCGGUGCCAGACGUGGUCGCGAUGGAAGCAGUGGACCCGCUCCACGCCUCCUCCAGAUCCUCCUCCUCCUCCUCCUCAAUGAUGAAGGACACCAUCGAGGACACGAACAAGCUGAUGGAUCGCGAUCUACCCGAGGCGUCGAGCGCCGACACCAGGAAGAAGGAGAAGAUGGCCAGGAAUCAGGCGAAACGUAGACAGCAGCAGCAACAGCAACAGCUGCACCAGCUGAGGGCGGCCAACGCUCAGAGGCGGCCCGACAAGAGAAGAGCCGACCCCGAUAAUGGACCAGGCGGCUUCGAUGUCUACAACAUCGAAACAGCGAUGCCGAAAAUCGAUCUGGACGCGAUCGAAUCUCAUUUAAGAGCUGCACGCGAAGAGGAACGACGGCGGCGAAACGAUCGUGAAGAGAUACGAAGGAGGUUGGCCAUGGGUCCAGACGCCGAAGACUUGCGCGCUGAACGCGGAAGAAAGCCGAGCCUUCAGUCGCGGCUUCAGAGCGGGAUGAACCUUCAAAUCUGCUUCAUGAACGAAACACCCUCUGACACGGAAUCUCCGUGUUCGGAGACCGACUCGUCCCCGGGAUCCACGCCGACCUCGCUCAACUCGAAGCAACCGCAGAAACAGCAAAUGCCAAUCAGACCUCAGGUGCUCAGCCUUCCACCUCUGAGGCUGGACACAGGCUCGAAUUCAGCCCCGAUCGACGAGGCCGAUUUCUUCGCAAGACAGGCAAGAUUGCAAACCGAGGCGCGAAUGGCCUUGGCUCAGGCCAAAGAAAUGGCCCACAUGCAGAUGGAGGUGGAGAGGCAAAGGCUGAAACAGAGUCCCAUCACCGAGAUGGUGCGAUCCAGCCUCGAAAAAGUUGGCGUUCAGCUCGGCGAGGAUAGGCGUAGAUUGUCACGAGUACUUUUAACGGAGCUAAACGUCGCCCAGCUUCAAGUGGUCGCGAACGACUUGCACGCGAGAAUCGCCGCUCUGAACGAGGCGCUCGUCGAGGGACUUUUGAGAAGGGACGAUUUGCACAUGGAACAAGAUUCGAUGCUCGUCGACGUCGAAGAUCUCACCAGAUAUCUCUUCUGCUGCGUUCACAUGCACAGAGGUGCCAAGCAGGAGUCGUUGAAGAAGAAGCAGAACGCGAGGGAGCAGCAGACGGGGAGCAGAAGUCAUCAUCAGCAGGCCAACUCGGGUCAGAACAAAUCGUCGAUCAAGCCGAAGCUGACGCACCGUGGCCUGGUCUCGUUGGUGAGGAAAUAAUGCCUCGCCACGAGACUGCGUGGUCUCGUCGGAAAUUAAGCGGGAAGGUAGCAAGUAUACAUACAUAAGAUCUGCUCGAUUCGAUCUGCCGAUCUGCUCUCGCCCCCGUGUGCAAGAUUUCAGAUUCCAGAUUUCGAAUUCGUGUUGAGCAAAGUUUCCGGGGGAUGAUGGAAGAUCCCCACCCCCUCCUUCCUCCGAGAGGAGGGGAGAUUUAUUCGGACGAAAAGGGAUCGUAUUCGAAUGGAGGGAUGCAAAUAUUUUGCAAAUGUUUCGAGGCAACGGUAGAAAAUCGAGUAGGCUUGUCUUCGCGUGGAAAAAAAGAAGAAGGAAACAAAAAAAUGGAGCAAUAUUCCGCCUCUACUAAUGGAGCAGAUACAAUCGUUUUUCUCCCCAUUUUUAAACGGGGGGGAUUUAAAAAUAUACAUACAUACAUACAUACAUACAUACGUACGUACAUACACGCAGCGAAGAAUCCUCUUUCUUCCUGCUCGGUUCGAACAGGGAAGAAGGGGAUCUUUUUCCAAAGUUUUUACAGCUUCAUCGUUAUCAAGAUGGAAAGUAGAGUAAUAACGUAAGUACGUUCAUGCUCACGUUCAUGUGUAUUAGGACAUGUGUGUUAUUAGUUGUGGAGGAUGAGACAAAUCGAUGGGAUUAUUAUUAAGGAAUCGACGAAAGGUUUUGGAAUUAUCAUCGGCUGUUCAGAAAGUUGGAUAUUAUAAAAGAUUCGUAUACGUUCUGAAAUUUCUUCUUAUCUAUAUAUAUAUAGUUUCGCCUUUUUUACGAGCUUGUAAAUAAUUUUUACUAAAUUCUAUUUAAGCUAAAUCGUCUUGCAUGAACGUAAAAUUCUAAGAUCUGUUUGCGUGAGAGUAAGACAUAGUGAGAGUAUGUCUUAAUACUUAUGAACGAGGGUAUAAACGUGUAUAUGAUAUUGAGCUGUUCAAGAAGUUCGUGGUACAAUUCUUCUUUCUGAUCUUUUUUUUCUUCUUUUAGACAAUUGACAAUUCUAGAAUACAUUGUUUACUUUUUAAUAAAAAUUUAAUUAUUCGCUUAAAUUCAGCUGUUCCACGAGCUCGUGACAAAUUCUAUUCCAUUCUAAUCGAAUACACGGCAAAACUUUUUUUAAGCAUAAAUUGUUAAAAACAUUCUUACGAACAUUCUUGAACAAAUCGAUACAUAGCCGAACAAAGUAGCAACAAGUACCCUUACUCGCCCUCCGAUAUUAGAUCCGAUGGGGACGAGUGAUGGCGACGAGUCAUGGCAAUUUCAUAACGAAAACGCUAUAUCCAAUUCGCUAACUUUCCAAUAGAAUCCGGAUUAUCAACUUCGUGGAUCGUAAAAUAUUUUCCAAUUAUUCGGAUCGUUAUUCUCUGUAGAAAGAAGUUUAACAGUUAUUCCAAGUUAAUAAUUAUUUCCUAAUAAUUAAAUAGAAUAAUCGAACGAAAAAUAACAACCUAUAUAGAAAGAGAUUCUAAUCGCUUAGAGGAUGAAGGUGUCUUUUUGAUUAAUCGACAAAACGAUUGGAUCGAACAAUUUCAAUUAGAGACACCGGUUCGGCAAAAUUAAGCAACGUCAUCGUUGCUCGCCAUCGUCGGAUCUUGAUCGCCCCGAUCGAGACGAGAUGCGAUCGGUUCGUCUUGUUGUCUAUGUAGCCGAUAACUCCUCCCCCCUCCGCUCUGGUUAAAUCUUGCGGCCAUGCAUGCAUGUGUUUCCCGAGUGUAUCGCCUUUAUAUGAAUAGCAUUGUAAACGGUAGGCAGAUCUCUUCUCUAUGUUGUAAAUAAGCGAAGCGGAUCAGCAGCGGAAAUUCGGAUUCGCGAGUCUUCGACUGCACGCGUUCUUCCGUCGCCACGCAUACGAAAAAAUGGUUCUUUGUUCUCCACAGUCGAUGAUGUCUCUCUUUCCCUCUCCCCUCGACGUCUUCUGAUCCUGAAAACAAAUCGAUCGCUCUAAUAAUUCUUUAUAACCGUCAUUUUUUUUCAACAAAUGAUCGAACAAAGAUAAUUCUGUUUCUUCGAUCUCCGAAUUUCGUAGAAAUACGAUACGACUGAAAGAAAAAUCAUUAUUCGGUUGAAAUAUAUUUAUAUAUGCGUGUAUACUGUUAAAUGAAAGAAAGAUAUUGGAAAGAGAGUUGAAUCACAUGGAAAAGAAUGAUGUACAUAUAAAAAUUUUGAAGAUGAAAACGUGUGAACAUAGAUAGAGCGUUAUAAAGGAUUAACGAAUAAUCGAUUCGUACCUGAUGGAACACGAUGGAACGACGUCGAUGCGUGUGAUUCUUUGAAGUUGACUGAAUACCUUGCCGAUAUACGAUCGAAUUCACCGAAAUCCUGCUGAAAAAAAAA